AUGCAGGCUGCACAGCAGUCCUGGGAGCUUGAAAACUCCAUCAGCGUCUUCGAUCCGCAGCGCGAUGCCCUUUAUCAAUACGAUGAAGAGACUCAAAAAACCCUCAAUGCCCAGCGACCGUGGGCCUCGGACCCUUACUAUUUCAAAUCAGUACGCAUCUCCGCAACCGCACUAUUGAAAAUGGUGAUGCACGCUCGCUCGGGCGGAUCUUUGGAAGUGAUGGGUCUUAUGCAAGGCUACAUCCUCCGGGAGACGUUCAUCGUGACCGAUGCAUUCCGCCUCCCCGUCGAGGGCACCGAAACCCGGGUCAACGCACAGGAUGAAGCGAACGAGUACAUGGUAUCAUAUCUGCAAUCGUGUCGAGAUGCGGGACGCAUGGAGAAUGCUGUGGGCUGGUACCACAGUCACCCAGGGUACGGAUGCUGGCUAUCCGGAAUCGACGUGGCCACACAACAAACUCAGCAAAUGACCGGGCCGUUUGUCGCCGUUGUGAUCGAUCCCGAACGCACGAUCUCUGCGGGCCGCGUUGAGAUCGGCGCAUUCCGCACUUUUCCCGAUGGCUUUACCCCAUCCAAGGAGGCUCAGGAAGAUGACGAGUAUCAGACCAUCCCGCUCGGCAAGUCGGAGGACUUUGGCGCACACGCGAAUCAGUACUAUUCACUCGAAACAACACAUUUCAAGAGCACACUCGAGACGGACAUAUUGUCUUUACUAUGGAACAAAUACUGGGUUGCCACUCUCAGCCAAAGUCCACUGUUCGCCUCUCGUGACUAUGGAAGUAAGCAGAUGAUGGAUCUCAGCGAGAAGACCCGCAAGGCGACACGGGCAAUCGAGGCUAGCGGUCCGCGGGGCGGAGCCACCACAGUCAAGGAUCAACAACUUGAUAAGGUUGUUCGUGGAGGACAGCGGAUCGUAUCAGAGGAAGUCAAAGGUCUCUUGGCCUCCGAGGUCAAGAUGAAACUCUUCCAGGACAUUGGGGAUAAGCCCUCCCCACCGGCUUAA